AUGAGUUCGCGAACACCUGCGCCAUGUGUGCACCGACGACGCCUCGAGAAGAGCGUCAGAGACGGGCGAAGGCCGACUUGCUACGACGAGCACUUAUUGGAGAUGAAGCCCAAGCACAUCGACCGCAGCCGCCUGAUCCUGCGCCGAUUUGUGGAGGCCAGCCGGGUGUCAUGGACAUUCAUGACCCAAGUGCUCGCCUACUUUGGCACGCUGCACCUCAUCAGCUUCUUCGGAGUGCCCAACCUCCUGCAUGGCUUCCGGGCGGACGCUGAGCGCCUGCUGUCCCUUCUCACAGGCUCUGCGUACGAGCUGAAGAGCGGAGACAAGGUGCCCUUUUCGAUUCUGGGCGCUCUCAGCCCGGACCUGUCCCUGCCAUACAGCCCAGCCCAGAGCUUCCCCUUCGACAACCCAAUCAAAGUACCUACCACAAGCGGCAGCAGCCGCAGCCGCCGGCCCCCGAUGCGCGCCGCAGCUCUUCUGUCUCUGCUGCAGGAUGAUAUCAGCCCGGCAGUACCAGAGUCUCGCAAGACUGGGGCUUUCACAAAGCCGACUGCAGCGCCGGUGAGGGGUAGUAAGGGAGAGGUGGAUUGCCCGAGGAAUGCCCACUUCCUGGCGAUGUGCUCCAAGCUCAUCUACGAGGACGAGAGGAUUGUGCGCGAUGUUAUCGAGAGCAGGUGCGGGUGCAGCAACGAGAGGGCGUUGGUGGUUAUGCUGAAGGGAGCGGACCCAUUGUACCAAUUGGAUCUGCGCGCAGACCCCCCUUGCAUUAAGCGCUACAGGCCAGGCAUGGGGGAGGUGCACGAUGGGCUGUGGGCAGGCCUGCACCAGCCCGACCCUGCCCGGCCGGGCAGCACGGUCGCUGACUCACUCCUGGGCCUGCUGACAUCAGCGGGCAGGGGAAAACGCAUCUUCCUGGUCGGCCACAGCAUGGGCGGCGCGCUCGCCUCCUUCCUCGCGCUCCUUCUGCCCCUCAGGGCUCCGGGGUUGGAACACAGCAUCGGCGGCAUUUUCACGUUUGGAGCGCCGCGCUGCGGGGACGGUGAGUCAGCGCGAGUCAUCGGUGAGCUGUACCCGGGGAAGGCGUUCCGCUACGCGCACGCCUUAGACCUGGUGUGUAAGCUGCCCCCGGCAUGGGGCUAUCAGCACCACGGGCUGGAGCGUUACAUAACCUCCAUCCCGGUUGUUACGGACUCGGGCCGCCGCACGCGUAUUCUACGGGAGGAGGCGGAUCCGCGGACCGUAAGGGUCUGGAAAGCGCGCGAGGACUUUAUGGCGUAUGCUCUGUCCCUGGCCAAGAUUGGCACUGGCCUCAGGGAUCCUGAUGAGUCAGCCAUGAGGGUGCUGAUGCGCGUUCUACUGCUGGCGUUCCCGGGAUUCAAUGACCACCUCCCCUGUGACUACGAAAGGGCACUCAGGGAGGCAUGUCUGGGAUAG